AUGGCUCUUGAGACCUGGCUAAUAAAGGUAAAAACAGCAAUAUCUCAUAGUUUUGAUUCAGUCAUAACCUCCAAUCCAAUCCCAAAACCAUCAAAGAAAUCUUCGGUUGGAGUGUUAGCUUUCGAAACUGCAGGUCUUAUGUCAAAGCUUUUCCAUCUUUGGCAAUCUCUUUCAGACAAGAACAUAAUUCGAGUGCGCAAUGAUUCCAUCUCUCUUGAAGGGGUACGCAAAAUAGUCUCAAAUGAUGAGUCAUUCCUUCUCGGCCUCGCGUGUGCAGAGAUGGCUGAGAACCUUAGGCUCGUGGCCAAGUCUGUUUCAAGGUUAAGCAAGAGGUGUGAGGACUCGAGUUUGCGUCGUUUCGAAAGUUUGUUCGAUGAGUUUGCCAACUUGGGGCAUGAUUCUAAUUGUUGGGUCUUGAGUUGGAAAGACAUGGAAGCCAAAACCAAGAAGUUGGACAGGUACGUGACCGUCACGGCGACGCUGUAUAAAGAGAUGGAGGAGCUGUCUGUAUUGGAGAAUGGAUUAAGAAAAGCUUUACAGUGUGGUGAACUUGAAGGAACAACCAAAGAACAAAAGGUUAUGGAUCUUCAACAAAAGAUAUUCUGGCAGAGACAGGAGGUGAAGUAUCUAAAAGAGAGAUCUCUUUGGAAUAGAAGCUUUGAUACUGCAGUUUUGAUUCUUGCUAAGUGCAUUUUCACUAUUUUAGCAAGGAUCAAGUUGGUUUUUGGCAUAGCGCAUGGCUAUCCAACUUCUCUACCUCGCAGUCUCUCAGCUUCUGCGACAGUGCAUCCAUCUGAAAACCCUACUACUUGUAACUUUGUGUCAGGACCAUUGAAGAGCUCAAAACUUGAAGGAAAUAAGGAUUUCAGUAAUGGGUUUUUCGAGUCGAAUUCAAAGCUUCUAAAGCCACCGGCAACUACGCUUGGCGCCGCCGCUUUAGCCCUACACUAUGCAAAUUUGAUUAUCGUUAUGGAAAAGAUGAUCAAGUCACCACAACUUGUUGGUGUGGAUGCAAGAGAUGAUCUUUACGCAAUGUUACCAAACAGUAUAAGGUCUUCACUAAGGGCUAGACUGAAAGGAGUAGGGUUUUCGGCGAGUGAUCCAGUUCUUGCAGCAGAAUGGAGGGAUGCUUUAGGGAGGAUAUUGGGGUGGUUAUCACCAUUAGCACAUAAUAUGAUCAAAUGGCAAAGUGAAAGGAGCUUUGAGCAGCAAAAUUUGAUGCCAAAAACCAAUGUUCUUCUUUUGCAGACAUUGUUUUUCGCCAACAAAGAGAAGACUGAAGCUGCCAUUACAGAACUUUUGGUGGGUUUGAAUUAUAUCUGGAGGUUUGAAAGGGAGAUGACUGCCAAGGCCUUGUUUGAAUGUGCCAACUUCAAUGGAUUCUUGAAUCCUCAGAAUUCCAGCUAG